CUUAUAUUUUUCUCGUUUUCACCACAAGAUCAUGGCUGCCUUGGGUAGCUUGAGCUCAUUGUUUGAGAAACCGCUGCCCGAAAACCCGACGCUCUUUGAUUCUCUGUCCUCGUGGAACCAAAUCAAGCCCAAGAAACCAGUGGAAAACUCGUCCUUCACCGAGAUCUUUGGUGAGCUCCACUUCCGAGAGAAGCCUGCACCGCCCACCAAUCCACCUUCUGAUGAAGAAAAAAAGAGUGGUAGAAAUGGCUACAGCUGUGAACCCAAGAGCAAUGGUGUCUUCUCUGCGAAGAAUUCAGAGACCCUGCAGCUGUGCACUGAAGGGCUCGGCUCCGAGAGCUCGGAUGAUGUCGACGACUUGAUGAAGGAAGGUGGUGAUGAUCGCACUGCUCUCGAGAAGGACAAGGAAACAGAAAGGCGUAUGCAUGGUCGUUACUCUAGAGGUUUGUCGGAGGUGCGGUCGAGGAGCGGUGGGGGCUUCCCGCCGCCGAUAUCGUCCAUCGGAAAGAGUGGCAAGCCAUGGAUCUCCUUCAGAUCUUAUAGGGAGGAUGGGAGGUUUGUUCUAAGAGAGAUCAGGAUCCCCACUCAUGAGUUCUUGCAGGCUUCGAGGGAAGACGGGCGACUCAAGCUCCAUAUGCUCCACCCAGAAGAACCCAUUUCAGAAGGAGAAGAAGAGCAACAACAAGAAGAAGAAGAAGAAGAAGAAGAGCAGGAUGAUGGAGGAGGAAGAGAAGAAGAGAAGGAAGUAGCUGAUGAAGAAGGGCAAGGCAAUUAGUAAUCCAUGUGGAUUGGCUCUAUGCCAUUUGUUAAGAAUUUCUUGAGGUAGUUUUGAAGAAAAACAGAGGGAAAACAAAGAAACAGAGCACAAAGAUUGUGGCAAAAAGGAGAACAGAGAGCAAAUAAUAAUGAGAGAUAAAGGGUUUCUACUGUUCUGUUCUUAAGCACGAUGAUAGUGAAUAAAUUAUAGCUUCAGGUUCUCGCUUCU